AUGUUUCGAGUUGCGCCACGCCUCCUCGCCGCCUACACGGCAGCCGACAUCCAGGCAAAGCUGGAGUCGAGCGAGGCCCUGAAGCCCGUCCAGUCCAUCCGUGUCGUCGAUGUCAGCGCCGGCUGCGGCAGCUUCUUCAACAUUGACAUCGUAUCGCCGGUCUUCCAGGGCAAGUCGCUCAUCCAACAGCAUCGUCUAGUCAACGGCGUCUUGAAGGAGGAAAUAAGCGCCAUCCACGGCUUCACACUCAACACCAAGAGCCAGUAA